UUUAAUAAAUAGAUGUAUGUUUUCUCUGAUUAUCUUGAAUUUUAUACAAUUUCUCACGGAUUUCGAUUGCUGUUCUCUCGGAGAAAUACCGAAUUGUAUAAACCUCGAAGAAAUCGGAGAAAGUAUACAAGCUCUUAAUGAUACGGUUUCAUAGAAUUAAAAAUUCAUUUCAUGGAACAGUACCUAAUAGCUUGAACCUUUCUAGCGUUCUACUGUUUCGACAGUCUCCUGUCACUAUGCAACAUCCAAAUUGACAAGUAAACCCCCGUUCAUCUUCCGAAAUCUGCCACCUCGUAAAAUUCUCAGAAACGGUCGCAGCAUCUGGUCUCAAGGCCAGGAUCUACACCGAAUCCUCUUCGCGAUUCUUGAUGACUCCGGUGCGAUGACAUCGCUCGUCUCCGGCUCUGUAAAAUGGACAAAAAGGGUAGUCAAUGCAUAAAGUGCGAAGGGGACGUGGUUCUGGACACUGGUCACUGCCCAAAAUGCUCGACCUCGCUCAGGUUCUUGAAGAAAUCUGGCCCGGCGUCGGUGAACCCGCGACCCGAGCCCGUAAAAGUGCCUGUGAAGCCACCGGAAACAGGAUACGCCAUGCAGAUGGUCUCCAUAGGAAUUAGGCCCGACAAUGUGUACGAGGCGAGGAUGAUGCUGGCGCCGGAUGUGGACAUGUCAACCAUCAAAAUCACCGUAAAGGGCAACAACCUUCGCGUGAAUGCGUGCAAACCGCUGAACAACCAGUUGGCCAGCCAACUGCCCGAGAUCAGCGAGAAGUCGGUACUCGGUGAUCUGGUCAAACGGACCAUGAAGCACUGCGAGAACCUGCUGAUCCCGGACAACAUAGACGGCGAGAAGGUUCGCGCUGUCGUGGACAACAAGCAGAGAAUGCUGGUUCUCACGGCGCCCUGGUUAAAACCUAGCAGAGCUAGGAAAAUGAUAAUUUCGAAAAGCUGAAGAUUCACAACAAUUACACGUGAAGCUGUCGGCAAUCGAGACACGACGAAGAGACAAAUGAACGCUCACUGUCACGAUUCAAAGCCCCGACAUUCGGCACGGUUUUCUUUUAACACUUUUCCCUCGAUCGUAAAUUCAACUCAGUUGUCAUGGACAAUUUGCCUCCGCAUUGCCUCGAGAACGCGACUACCUUGAUGCAGAACGAUUACAUAAACUUCGACAUGGCAUCGAACGGAGUUAAGACGAGCCUAAAGUUUCACAAAGCUCCGAAUUUUUACAUCAUUGACAAUAAAGAGUGCUACGCUGUACGUUCGUCUAACAAA